UCUCUAACCUUUCCCCUAAACCUUCUCUCAACCAGCCUAUGGCUACCACUCUCCCUGGUCCUCCUCUUCUUCCUUGAUCCCCUCCACCGCCUUUUUCUACCAUCAAGGGCAGGAUGGCCGUCUCAUCGACAUCUCAUGGCCUCCUGUCUCUCCUCCUCCUCAUCCUCAUCCACCUUCUCGUCUUCCUCCACUACCCCACCCAUGUUGCCGCCACCACAGGCAUCCGCCUUGGCAUCAUCCGGAAACCUUCUCCAAAUGUUGCCAUCUUUCGAGAAGCACCAGCUUUCCAAAACAUGGAUGCAUGCGAGCAUGCAGAGAAAAUUCACAUCGCCAUGACACUUGACUCCAAUUACCUAAGAGGCACCAUGGCGGCCAUGCUUUCAAUACUGCAGCACUCGAUGUGCCCAGGGAUUGUCGAGUUCCACUUUCUCUGGGCACGGUUCGACCCGGAGGUGCUCUCCAACAUCCAAUCCACCUUCCCCUACCUCAAAUUCAAUGUCUACCGCUUCGAUUCGAAUAGGGUACGUGGGAAAAUAUCAAAGUCGAUACGCCAAGCCUUGGACCAACCCUUAAACUAUGCACGUAUUUACCUAGCCGACAUACUUCCAGUUGAUGUGAAGAGGGUUCUAUACCUAGACUCGGACCUUGUGGUUGUGGAUGACGUGGCAAAGUUAUGGAAGGUUGACUUGCAAGGGAAGGUAUUGGCAGCGCCAGAAUAUUGCCAUGCAAACUUCACCCAAUAUUUCACAGAAUCGUUUUGGUCCGACAGUGAAAUGUCCAAAACGUUUGAGGGCAGAAAUCCUUGCUAUUUCAACACAGGGGUGAUGGUGGUGGACGUGGAUAAAUGGAGACAAGGUGAAUACACUAAGAAAAUGGAGGAGUGGAUGGUGGUGCAGAAGCAGAAGCGAAUUUACCAUUUGGGGUCUUUGCCGCCAUUUUUGUUGGUUUUGGCCGGAGACAUCACGGCCGUUCAUCACAGGUGGAAUCAGCAUGGACUCGGUGGGGACAAUCUCGAAGGCAAGUGUAGGAGUUUGCAUCCUGGCCCUAUAAGCCUGUUGCAUUGGAGUGGGAAGGGCAAGCCCUGGUUGAGGUUAGAUUCAAGAAAGCCAUGCACCGUUGAUCAUCUGUGGGCCCCAUAUGAUCUCUACCGUUCAUCAGCUCAUCAUUUUGAAGAAUGAGAUGAUGAGAUCAACGUACGGUGCGAGAAGAGCAAGAAGGUGAAAAAUAGUUUUGGACCAUAAAAUUUGGGUCAGUGGGGAUAAGGGAGUUUGAUUAACUAGAAGAGCAAGAAGGUGAAAAAAUGGUCAUUGGGAGGGCAUAUUUCGUACUUAGAGGAAACACAUGGAGGAGGAAGAAGACCACAUAAUGUUAUCGGCAUAGCUUUCGACCGCCGGAAGAUCCUCUUACCGGAGUUUUAUGGCGGCCCUAAACAGUAUUUGUUUAAAUAUGGAAUUAUGUCUCCAAAUCCAGUUUAGUGUAUAAUUAAGUUUAUUUAGCCUAACAAUUUGUUGAUACAUUGUUGUUUUCCUUUUUUUCAUUUUUGGUAUAGUUUUUCUUGUA